AUGACGACGAGAUCACUCAUUCCAUUCAGAUUUGUAACAGGCAUAGCUCUCUUUGCAAAGAAAGUGCCCCGCCCAUUCCCUCCGCCAUUUCUAUCGCCCCCAUCUGCGUCUUUUUCAGACCCUCUUAGCACUUUCGACAGAGGAGGUAGCAGGCAUGCUUUUCUGAACGGUGACUUUAUUCGAGGGCAUACUAAUGGAGAAGAUGCCGUAUAUACUAGCGACUAUUUCAUCGCCGCAAGCGAUGGUGUCGGUGCCUGGUCAGCAAAACCUCAUGGGCAUGCGGGUCUAUGGUCACGGUUAAUCUUACAUUUUUGGGCCCAAGAAACGGAGAAGGAUUUGGAGCAAGAAUGUUUGCCGCAACAUCAACUUAAGAUAGAUCCUAUUCGAUGUCUACAACGUGCUUAUGAGCAGACUAUCCAAGCCACUUCGGGCCCAAAUAAAUGUCAUGGUUCAACAACUACCACGGGAGCUCAACUGUAUCAUCGGCUAUCAGAUAGAUGUUUGGGUCAGAGAACGACGCCUUUGUUGUACAUUACAAACCUUGGCGACUCGCAAGUUUUGGUCCUUAGGCCGCGUGACUCAAGUCUAGUUUACAAAACCAAACAGCAAUGGCACUGGUUUGAUUGUCCUCGACAACUAGGAACCAACAGUCCAGACACUCCUGCACAGAGUGCCACAAUGGAUAUUGUAGACAUUGAGGAAAAUGACGUCAUAUUAGUCAUGUCAGAUGGUGUCAUUGACAAUUUGUGGGACCACGAGAUUAUCGAGAACGUUGUCGCCAGUUUGAACAGGUGGAAAAGUCACAAGGGAAACUUUGAUGCUGGAAAUGGUGCUGCGAAGUUCGCAGCAGAGGAACUUAUGAAAUCUGCGUGGAGGGUCGCUAUCGAUCCAUUUGCUGAAAGCCCCUACAUGGAGAACGCAGUAGAGGAGGGCUUAGCCAUGGAAGGAGGAAAAUUAGAUGAUAUCAGCAUCGUUGUUGCAUUAUGUCGAAGAAUAAACACUUGA